GAAAGGACGCAUAGCAGAUGAUGUUCCAACCAAGAUUUAGAAUACAACCUACAGUCUCUGGUGAGGCCCAAUCUGUUCUCAUGGACAAGGAAAGGAAGAUGUUCUUUGGAAUCUCAGCUCAGACACUAUUUGCCGAUGAGUAAAAGGACCCCCACUGUUGUACCUGCUGCUCUUCUCAAAAUACAACAUCUACAGUUACAAUUCC